AUGGACGAUCUCCCAGAGGCGCUGCUUGCAGAGAUUGUCAAGUGGCUUACCAGUCCAAGUGAUCUUAAAUCUCUUUCUCUCGUGUCCAAGCGACUAUAUGCCGUUGAGGGAGAGCUGAGGAAUUCUAUGUACAUUGGCUGUGGCGUUUUCCCUGUGACAGUGGCCUUGAUUCGUCUGUGCUUCCGGUACCCCAAUUUGUGCAAAGUGGAAUUCAAUUACUCUGGUUGGACUUCCAACCAUGGGAUGCAGUUGGACAAACAUGGCCUCCAGGUGUUUUCAUCUUGCUGCACCUCAUUGACUGAUCUCACCUUAAGCUUUUGCACGAAUGUUGAUGACUCAGGCCUUCGCCUUUUAGCGUGCUUCAAGAAGCUGAUGUCUCUGAGGUUGAACACAUUACCAGCAAUAACUUCGUCUGGGCUUCUCCAAGUGGCUAUUGGCUGUAAAAAUCUAUCUUCUCUCCACCUUAUUGGCUGCAACAAAGUAGGUGGUGCAAUGUGGCUGGAGUACCUUGGCAGGUUUCGACCAUUGAAAGAACUUGUAGUGAAUCGCUGUGAGAUGAUCAGCCAGUUUGACCUACUAAAGUUCAGUCCAGGAUGGAUGAAGCUUCAGAAGUUUGAGUUUCAGAUCAAAGGUUGCCCCAAUAUAUUUGAUCCUCGUGAUCCUUCAUGUGUGGAGCACUGUCAGUAUAGAUUUGAUUUCAGCUGUGAGAGUUUGGUGGAUUUGACAUUGGCGCGAGUCUCAACUGAGAAGGAAAUAGGACUUCGUAAUCUCCUGAGGAAGUGCAAGGCAUUAAAGAACUUGUGCCUUUAUUAUGUUCUUGGUGUACAGGACAAUGACAUAGUUACGCUCUCCAAUAACUGCAGCAACUUUACAAGCAUCUCACUUCGGUUGACACCUGAGUUCAAUGAAGGUCAUGUUUUCAGGACAUCAUUGACUGAUGACAGCCUUAAGGCUCUAGCCCUCAGGUGCAGUAAGCUUCAGUCUUUUGAACUCAUAUUUUGGGGAUGUGAUGAAAUCUGGCCAGAAAUAGGAUUCACACAGGAGGGCCUUGUCAUGCUUAUUCAGUCUUGUCGGAUUCGUAAUCUCGUGCUAAGUGGUGCUCACAUCUUUGAUGACGAGGGGAUGAAGGCCAUCUCAUCUGCACAAUUCCUAGAAUCACUCGAACUUAUGGAUUGUAUAAAUGUAACUAAUUCUGGGAUGCGCCUCCUCGCACAUUGCCCAUGUCUGAUUAACCUCACACUGCGGCAGUGUGAUCGUUUCUCUGAUGCUGGAGUGACUGAGGUAGCACGUGCACGGAAGCUGGAGACCCUGGUUAUUGAAGGUUGUUCUUGGGUCUCUCCAGAAGCUGUGCAGGGGGCUGCAACAUCAGUUCACUACACAAAAUAUUACCCAGGCUUGUUCAAUCUCGGCAGAGCGUGA